GGUUUUCCUAAAAGAAAGUGAACAUAUUGCUUAGUUAAACACUAGUUCUUGGCCAGGUCCUGCUGCAAAAAUCAUAUCUGGUGCACAUUGAAGGUGCCUAAUGUCAACUUUAUUAAUUAGCUGCUGCUCCUCCCCAUGUGCCUGGCUUGCAGUUAUUGAGAAGGACCAGAGAGAGGGUGAGACUGUCAGUGACUGUGGGUGAUUGUUUGUUUUUCCCCCUACCUUCUGCAGCAGUGUGUGGAUGCAGGUGACCUGCCAAGAUUAUCAGGGUCUAUCUCACUUACUCAUUUCCCCGCCAUUUGCGGCAUCUUGGGGCAUCGGUGCAUCUUGGUCCUUCCUAUUCUCUGCCUGUGGCACAAAGUCGAGGGUCUAGAGGGCUGUAAAUAUUUGGUUUCCUUUUGGUUGCUGGGUGGUGGCUUGUGAUAGACAGGAAAUGAGACUAAACUCUAAGACCCUGUGACAAGUCUCCUCGACUGCAGAGCUGGUGUUCAGAGCCCUCUAGUCUGCUCCUCAGGAUCAGAGGGUGCUUUUGUUACUGGGGUGUUGGACUAGAUACGUAGUAACCUGUUCAGACAAAUGAAAAAUACUUAGCUGCAAGAUUGUGCAGUGUGCAUUAACUCCUUGACAGGCAGGGUUGUGAGUUGGUGAUGUGAACUAUUUCAGCCCUUUACUGUUGCCGGUAGCAGGUUUAUCAGUGGACUCACUUCUUCCACCCACUGCAGGAGAGAGCACAGUGGGAGGCUUUUGCCAUAUGCUUUGCAAGGUGACUUCAUUCUGGUGCUACACUUCAGACAGGAGAGCUCAGCAUCAAGCCUCUAAUUUGUGAAGUGUCUUCAGAGGAUCCAGUGUGUUCGUUGGAAUUUUCGCAUGAGAUAAAGUGGCCUGGGGCUGGUGGGUUUACUGAGCGUAGAUGCUUUAGCUGCAUUUUAACCAGAGCUGGCUGAUGUAACACCACAACUCGAGUUCUCACCCCAGGACAGAGAGCUCCUGGAGCUGCUCAUCUUUUGGAAGGAAGAGGAUAAUCUAGGCUAUCCCCACAGAACUUGUUCUCCUGCAGCAGAAAGCAUGGCAAACACUUCCUGUGCCAUGGCAAGGGGACACUCUAAUGCAACAAUAGUUGAUUGUUAUGUGGAAGCAGACUUCCAGUACCAUCUCUUCACUAUCAUCUACAGCACUGUCUUUGUACUGGGACUGCUAGAAAAUGUCUUGGCUCUCUACCUUUUGACUUGUAAGGUCAAGCACACUUCACGCUCCUACAUCUACCUCAUCAACCUGGCUGUAGCAGAUACCUUGUUUGUUUGCAUAUUGCCCUUUAAAAUCCAUUACCACCUGAACCAGAACGAUUGGAUCUUUGGAGACAUGGCUUGUAGGAUCACUGGGACCUUGUACUACAUCAACAUCUACGUCAGCAUUGCCUUCUUCACCUGUAUUUGCAUGGAUCGUUACGUGGCUGUGCUGCACCCCUUCGCCUACAUCCGGAUCAAAGUCACCCACUACAUGAUAGUGGUCACAGUCCUUUGGCUCAUUGCUGCAAGCAUCACAGUCCUGCUUAUCCUUGGGGGGCCCCUUCACAACAGGGGCACAGGGAACAAGACUGCGUGCUUUGAGAACUUCUCGCUGUCCAGCUGGACCCAUCGCAUGAUGCCCUACAAUGUCUGUGCCUUGCUGUUCGGCUUUGUCAUCCCGUUUGCUGUCAUCCUCAUCAGCUACCCUCUCAUCGCCAAGCGGAUCACCCACACCAGACGCAGCCUUCACAAGAAGAAGGCCUUGAGGACCAUCUACCUGAUCCUGCUCAUCUGCAUCCUGUGCUUCCUUCCUUAUCAUCUCACUCACCUACUCCACUUCCUGAUGAGGGUCCAGCUCAUCCAAAGUUGCCUGUUUACCAACUUAAUUUACAAAAUGCGCCGGGUCACUUUGGCCCUGGUCAGUUUCAACUGCUGCCUGAACCCCAUCCUAUACUACUUCACAGCUUCCAGCAAGCCAUGGCGUCUCAAGCUCAAGUUCAGAUCCAAAACCAAGGUUUAUACCAUCUGUGACAGAAAAUUCAAUGACUAUCCUUAUAAAAGCAAGCCAGCAGCAAGACCACCAACACAGCAAUUGAAUGAAAUGCCUUUUUAAAAACAAGGUCAGUAAGUUUUAUUCACCUACAGGUUCAAAUCCAACCGAACUUUGAGGAGGAGGAGUAUUCGGGGGAGAUCAGGUGGUGACAAUCCACUUCCUAGGAGACUAGAGUCUGUUAAUUGGCAAGGGUGGGCUCAGGAGACAACACAGGCACCUCUGCUAAUGUGUAUAAAUAGGACUUCAGGAGCUGUUGAUCCCAACUAAAGUGGGUCAAGAAUGUAUGUAUGGCAGUAUUUCCACUUCCAUGUUACUUAUUAAGCAGUACAAAAAAAUCCUUUGUUUGGUGACAUUGGAGGCUAAUUUCCACUUUCCAAAGUAAACAGAGCAGCUGGCUUUGUGCAAUUUAAAAUAUCCUUGUAAAAUAAGAACCCUUCCAGUCUGUGUAUAGCUUGAAAUAUUAGAUUAUUAAUAGUUGACAAAUUGGAUAUGCAGGUCCAUUAGUUUAUACAUGAUUGAGUACCAUUUGGUAUACUGACUACUUGACAGUCGUUUCAUCAUCUGUAGCAGUCAAAGGAUACCUAAGAAAGCUAUCAAGACAGACUGGUCAAGUGUCUAGCACAAAGGACUAGGUUCUAAUCCCAGUUGCUUUCCAGGACAUGGGCAGAGAUUCAAUGAUGUGCCAAUCUAUAAAAUGGGAUUAGCUGAACACUGUGAAAGUUAGCUUUGCUUUUUAUUGGAGGGGGAUGUUCUUCCUCUUGAUAAGAGGCCCCCUGGGGAGUACAGAACCUCAGCUUGCGUUCAGGCUUCUCAGCUAUUGUUUACAGCCAUAUAAGCAGUUAGUUACUUAUCCAUUACAGCAUAGGCUUAGUUUGAAUCCCUCAGGCCUACUUUUAAGUUAAGUUCUAACCCCAUCAGUGUUCUGUACUAUUCCAGCUGACCCUAGAUUCAAUUAUCUUGUUACUUUUGCAUUGAACAAUUUUGUUCACAAGCUUCAAAGGUGGCGGAGUGAAUUAAAAUGCUGUUAAGAGGAGCAUCUUCCUGUGCUGUUCGGAUGUUGAAAAAGCAAAGUCCUGGCACCAGAAUGUUUGUAAUAUUACAAAAAUAAAUGUGAAUGGAAAGAC